AAACUUACUGCAUAUGAGCAAAACAACCACAGAAUGAGGACAAUGCAGCUUUUACUCCUCUUUCCACUGGUGUGGUGUCAAACCAAAGAGAGUUUAAUUGUUAAACGGGUGAAUUUAGGAGAAAAUGUGACUUUAGACUGUCAGAUUGAUGUCAAAGAAAUGUAUUGGAUUUUCCAAAAACUGACAGAUUCUCCAGUACUGAUACUGCGGACUUUCACAUCAGAUUCUACAUCAUCUAAGAUACAAGAUGAAAAACUGAAAGACAAAUAUUCAUCACUUACUUUGAGCCGUUUAUUUAUUAGGAACAUAACUAUCAAUGAAAUAGGAAUAUAUUAUUGUGCAAAAACAGGCACGCCUCUACAGCUCAGCAACGGCACCCAUCUUUACACCACUGAAUCUGUGCAUGACCAAAAUAAAACAGAAUACAACAAUCAUAUUCAACAAUAUUGUGGAACAGAACCCAAUUUUCACAAGAUUUUGACCAUUGCAUCCUUCGUGUUGAACGCUGUGCUGAUUAUUGCACUAACAGGUCUGUUAAUACUCAAACUCAAGAAGCCAAGAAAAAGUCGAACUCAGAUUGUCAAACCAGUGUCGCUUGAGGACUUAACCUCUGCAGAGUAUUCCGAAAUCGAGCCGUCCACAAAUUACAGAGGAGAAAAUCCCAUUCAGAUAAACAGCACUUAUGAACUUCUUCAGAAUCCAAAGCCACAUCCUACACAAUCAUGAGCAGAGAUCAGCACAUCUUGCUGUCAACAAACUGUUAAUGUGUUGGUUUAACACCUUCUGUGAGCCUACACCUUUUCCUUCGGUUUCCAUUACUGUUUGAAUGAAACCAUGUUACUUACUUAUAAAACACAUCAUUUUGUUGUGUGCUGCUACCAAGUACUUUAU